UAUAUAGUUUUUUUUUGUUUACUAUGUCACCAUUCGUUUUAUCAAAUAUGCAAACGCAGCACAAACCUUCAUGUAGAAUAGCUCAUCAAAGCAGAAAUAACAGAACACAAAAUUUUGCUGACGGAAUUUGUGGAGUACAUUGCCGUUGUUUUCCAAGUUUUCCUUUGUUGAUUUGUUUGUAGUAUAUGUAUAUUUUUUGUACGUGAUCUUUAUUGUGAUAAAUUCAAUCAAAAAAAUAUAUAUUUUGGUCUCACACUGUUUGCAAAGCAGAAUUGUUGUGAUGUUUUCGCAAAUGGCAAAUAUAUUUCUAUGUUCCCAACGCACUACCUCCCUGUUCAAACACAUUCCAGCACAAAAAACGUCAACCAACUGCGAUGUCUCUACGUGCAAUUAAGAAACGUGAAAAUCAGCAAACUUCGUCAACUGGCGCACGCCAACCGCUCUUUAAGAAAUCCAAUACAUCUCCACAACAACGCAAGCCGCUAUUAACGGCAAGUGGUGCUAACAACAGUAACAAUAUCUCGAAGCCUAAUAAUACUGCCAUUUUUAAACAAUCAAGUAGUCUACAUUCACUACGCAAUCUACAGAACCAACACACCUUACUCGAUCGCGCAGUACACUCCAGCCCAGAACUACGUUAUCCGCAAAGUAUUGACAACAAUACGGUUGAAAGCUUCGCGCAUGUGGUACGCACCAAAUCUGAUGGCGAUUUGAGAGCAUUGCUAAAAAGUUGUACGGGUAAUGCAGCAGACACUGCAGGUCGUGGCUUGAUUGGUGCUAAAUCAGAAGUGUGUUUGGAAUCCAUUUCUUCGCACAGCUACCAAGACGGAAGUCAAACUACGUCUAUAUCCAGUGAUACAACUCCAACGCCACCUACAACAUUGCGUACAAAUAUUUGUAAACCUAUUGAUUCGCUACAGCACCCAACAACCAGUACCACAGGUAAUAUGUUGUCCGGUGCUCGCUCACAUCGUGACCUUUCACAGUCAGCUUACGCCGCUAGUACCGGCACGUAUGACAUCACACUUUCACCAACACGCCGACGUAUGAGCGAAUGUAGUUUAAAUUCGAGUACGAACCUUUCGCAACGCACCAGUGCAAUGUCCAGUAGUGUAUUAACACUUUCAUCAAAUAAUCCUGCCACAAAUGAGCCGAACACAGUGAUGCGUGUGCCUAUAAUCGGUUAUGAGGUAAUGGAGGAACGUGCGCGUUUUACAGUGUACAAAUUGCGUGUAGAAAACCCAAUGACCAAUGAUUGUUGGUUAGUGUUGCGACGCUACACAGAUUUCGUUCGUUUGAAUACGAAACUUAAACAGCUGUUUCCAAAUGUUGCGCUGUUGUUGCCACGCAAGAAAAUAUUUGGGGACAACUUUAAUGCCGUCUUCCUGGAUAAUCGUGUGCAGGGUCUACAAAUAUUUGUCAAUUCCAUUAUGGCCAAGGAGGAGUUACGAAAAUGCAAAUUGGUGCGCGAAUUCUUUUGUCUAGAUGAACCGCCUUCAUACUCUGAAUCUAUGGAGGAGUGUAGGGCAAUUUUUGAAGCACAAGAAGAAACGAUAGCACAUCUAAAAGUGCAAAUAAAUAGCAAAAACGAAUUGAUAUUAAGUUUACAGCAAAAGCUAAGAGAUGAAAUUGCGGAAAAAGAGCAGCUAAAAAUUGCGAUCAAAGACGCAUCCGCCAAUUGUAUGCAGUGCGCUGCUGCGAAGCAGAGUACUUCCUAAAACAAGUACAACACAUCUCACACAAAUAAUUACCACGUAAGAUAUUAAGUUUAAUUGAUUGAUUGUAUGUGUUAUGCAAAGCAUAGCUGUCGACAAUUAGAAAAACAAUUAUUAAAUCAAAGAGAAGAUAUUCUGCUGCAAUAAUUGCAAAAUAAAACUUCGGUCAAAAUUCGAGUUUCUCAACAAUUAAAUUAAAUUAAAUUAUUUUCAUUUGGAUAAAA